AUGGCAGCAUUGGCCUAUAGAGGACAGCUAGAUGAACUCAGCCGCACCGCGCGCCAGCAGACGCAGGUGGCAGUCCGGCCCGUUACUAACGAUGACAUCGGCCUGAAGAUACUCCGCGAGGCACCGGUAGAAGCAGAACAAAGCAUCGACAUCGUCGCAGUCCACGGCCUCGGCGCCCAUCCCGAUGACAGCUGGUGCACGAAUGCGGGCACUAAGGAAAGCCUCCAGUGGGUCAACUGGCUCGAGGAGGAAAGCAUGCUGCCGGCGGUGGCGCCGAACGCGCGCAUCAUGCGAUACGGAUACCAGUCGCAGUGGUUCGGCAAGGAGAUGAUGCAGCAGAGCGUGUCUACAGUGGCAGAGCGGUUACUGAGAGCCUUGAAGCGAACGAGAAAGGAUGUUCCGUUUCGCCCACUAAUGUUUGUAGCGCACUGCUUUGGCGGACUAGUUGUGCUUAAGACACUGUUAGAAGCCGAACAAUAUCAGAAGGACUGGCCUGGCGUGUUCUUAUCGACGACCGGCCUGAUCUUUUUCGGUACUCCGUUUCGAGGCGCGGAAGGGAUGAAUCAGAUGGAGAUGCUGGAGGCGGCGCGCCGCGAGUACCACGAGGAUCAGAGAGGUGGUCGACAGUUACUUGAAGAAGACGCGGGGCCAAACAAACAAGAUACAGAUUGCAUGCUUCUUUGA